UCCCGCGGGGACGCGACUCCUCGUUUCCCGCGCAACUCCCUCCCACGAUUUUGCCUUGCCUUCGCCUUUUCCUCCAAAUCCCUAGCGAUGCCGCUGCCGCCGGCGGAGCGCCGCCUCACCGUCGCCGACCUCCUCCGCAUACGCCGCCCCACCACCGGCGCCGCCUCCCUCGUCUCCUCCUCCCCCUCCACCUCGACCGCCCCGCCUCCCCGCAAGAAGCCCAGGCUCCCCGCCGCCGCACUGACCCCGACCCCUCGUAGCACGGCGCCCUUCGCGCCCAUCCCCCACCGCGUCCUCCUCGCCGGCGUGCUCUCGCUCCCCGCGUCCGGCUCCCCCGUCGCGUGCCGCAGCCACUGCCUCUCGCUCUCCGACUCCCCUCCUCCCGCCUCCUCCGCCUCCGUCUGCUGCUACCUCCUCGACUUCGACCCCGACGCCGUCGACCGCGAGAUCCACGUCCUCGCCUGGAACUACCUCCCGUCCCUCCACCACGGCGGCGCCGGCGUGCUCGAGGUGGUCCGCUGGCGCCUGGCGGAGGAGGGCACGCCCGCACCUGGCUCUGGCUUCCUGAAGACGAUUCCGCUCGAUUGCGUCGAUGCGGAGCCUGAUUCGGGCACCCAUGGCCAUGUGUUUGGGGUGGUGAGGUCGGUGAGCGUGGUGUUCAGCGUGCCGCGUGCUGGGCAGAAGAGUAAUGCAGGUGGAGGUGACAAUUCGGUCGGGUUUAUCGCGGAGAUGAUGUGCUGCGCGUGCCGUCGAUGCAGGGUGUUACCUCCAGAAUCUGACCAGGAUCACAAGUUUGAGCUCGAGAAGUUUGUGUACUUUGUGGAUUCCGCAAGCUGGUGGCGGCCGGUGCUGGCGCGGAUGGUCGGGAGGCCUGUGUCUGUCUCGGGGUUGAAGAAAAGGUUGGUUUCCAUUGACAGGAAGGGCUCGUACACCAUGUUGGUGUCGACGAGGAAAACAAUGCUCAGAUGGUGCCCGUCCUAUCCAGCUGUUCUGAAAUUGGAUGGGUCACCAGGUGAUUGCGGCGGUGUGUAUACCGGCGUCGUCACCGGAAUUUACAUGCAACGCAUGUUGAUUGAGCUGGAUAAGAUCGUAUGGUUGCUGAUUGAUGAUCAGCAUCUUGCUCCAUCACAUUCUCUCCGAGUUGGUGCUGUUAUUUCUGUGAAGAAUGGUCGAGCAAUUUGUCUAAAACUUGCUUGGACAAGGACUCUUCUACUUGGAACAUGCAUUAAAACUAGCAUCACUAUAAAUUCUUUCUCCCUGGUGGACUCCAAAUCUUAUAUAAAGGCAGAGGACAAGGGUCUGUUAGGGAAGUUUGUUGACUCUUUUGAGCUGCCUGCUAGAUUUUGGAUGUUAAUUCUGAUACCAUGCUUUAAACAGAAAUUCACCAAGUUAUUUUCUGAGAAAGAGAUUUUGGGCUCUAAAAAUACGCACGGAUUGGUCCACACUUAUGCUUCUAAAGUUCUCUCUUCAAUGGGUUCCAAACCUCAGCAUGAUUUCUUUAUGAAAUUCUCCAAUCAUAACUGCGGCAGUCCUCGAGCUGAAUUAAACUUGGAAACUUUUAAAUUGGUCAUCCCCUUUGCUAAUUUUAUAUGCAAAUGUGAAUCAUUGUGGAUAUUAACAAUGCUCAAAAUUUGGAAUGGCACUGAAGAAAUGGACAAGAACCAGGGGGCCCACCAAUAUCUGUGUGAUGGGAUUUCCUAUCCUGGUACUGCAAAAAAGUUAAUUUCAAGCAGCGAUCUGAGUUCUGUUUUAGUGGGAAGAAUCAAGAGAUCUUCGGUGUCAGGAACACUGCAGUUGGUUGAUGCAACAGGAUGUAUAGAUGUUGUUAUACCAGAUCUGCCACCAAAUGUUUGUAUGGACAGCAUCUACGAGAUAAAUGAUUACAAAGUAGUUCUUGAAGGUCCCAUGGCUUACCUUGAUCCUUAUGAUGUUACUGAUCCAUUGUCCUGCAAGGCUAUUUGUGAACAUCUAUCUUUCCGAAAAAGACUAAAUCACCUCAAGAUCUAUGUUAUAAUCAACUGGAGUGAAUUGAAUCGAAUUGGUCCUUCAUCAAUUCCUUUGCAAAUCAAUGCUUGUGCCAAAAUGUUUCACCUGCUCAAAUUAACACAUAUAUUUCCAGCAAAUAAGACUUUUCAGCAUCAAAACUUGUCAGGGCCCAGCUUGUAUGCUGAGGCUGUGAUACUGCCAUAUGAUUUGAAGUUUACUGAGCUAGAUGAAUGCUCUGAGCAUGCUGAGAGCUUUAGAAUCUCAUGCAUUCCUUCACUUGGUAACUCCAAAGUGUAUACGGCAAAACCGUGUAAUAUUCUAUGCACACUAAGCUUUGGAACUACCAAUCUUUGUGGUUCUCUAGUGUCUAUCUACUCUUGUGGAUCAGUCAGUACUAUUGUAAACGAUACUGUUUGUGGCGAAAGAGAUCACACUUUUAGGAUUUUAUUGGAAUUUAAGGAUGGAAGGUUUAAAUAUCAGUCACUGCGGAUCGGCGGCUACUAUCUUCUUGAAUGUUCCACUGAAAGUAUGAAUUAUUCCAUGAAAGGCUGUGGAUGUUUACAAAUUAGUAAAGUUUCACUAGGUUAUCAGAGUAGAUUUUGGAGUCUUGCUAUUACAUUUAAUGGUACUAUAAAUAUAAAGCAGACCAUUGGGGAUCAAUCUAUUGGAGUUUCUUCAGUGAAGAUGGAUGAGCCAUUUUCCAGAAAAGCUGUCAAUAAUGAGAUAAAGCUAGUGCAUACUUGGAAUGAUUUCCAUCAAUAUUGUGACUUCCAUUUGAAAUUUCACUGUGAUGAAAAGAUGGACGAAUACAACUCUUUUUGCAAUGUAUUCAAUGAAUUGUGCUCUUACUCAAAUGAAGUUCUAAGUAUCUCAUCGUUCAUUAAGACUAGGGUGCCAAAAAUGCCUUCUGGAUCUUCUAACUUGCAAAGGGAUAAACUGGUUCAAGGGGAUUUGAUAUCAUUACAAGGAAAAGUAGAAAAUAUCCAUCCAUAUGGCUGUAAGAAGGAAAAAUUCAUGGUUGGUAAUGAGAAGUCCAGUAUAUGUAUCCAUGUUACUGACGAUAACCAUAGGGUGCGGCUCUUUGGUUACCUAAGUAAAUAUGGUUAUCCUGUUGGAUUAGGACCAGGGGCAUCUGCGACGUUCCACCGUGUCCUUUUGACACACAAGCAUGAGCUAUUCGUCACCCCACUAACAUAUAUUGAAGUGAGCUCCAUCAGUCUUGCUGACCUGAAUGAAGAAUGUGUUGUUACACCACCCAUUUCUGAUUGCUUUAAGGAUGGUUCACUUGGCAGAGUUUCCUCGUGUUUGCUCUUCUUAAGUCAUAAACAUUUAGCAGAAAAUAGAGCCAUUCAAUUCCAAUGCCGGGUUGUAACAAUCCAUGUGUUGGUUUUGGACGGCCUCCAACCCUCAAAAUCAAGAUGUGAAACAAUAAAUGUAAAAGUCAGACUAGCCGGAUUUAUUGUUGAUGAUGGAUCCUCUUUGUGCUGUUGCUGGGCUGAUGAUGCAAGGGCUGAGUUGUUGCUCGGGCUGCAAGAGGUUGCAGUUAUGAAUUCUUCUGUCACUUCGAGGUUUUCAAAAGAUGGAGUAAACAUCCAACAGACUGUUGGUUCUUUUCUAGAAAGUUUGUUAAAGAAGCACAAAAGUAUCAUUGCAAGAAACUGUGGGAUUCCUCCCGACAUCUCUUGUCGUGACUUGGAGUUGUCUUCUGUUCUCAAUAAAGUCUUAAGUUGCUCAGAAGAGAAACUUUUGAAAUCUAUCAUACUGAAUGCUUGUUGGAAGGGAACUUUGAAUGUUAUUGCAUCAGCUUUAAAUGCGAACACGCUAAAUGGAUUUAAUUUAGAGCUUCCUAAUUUACAUCCAGUACGGAACAUGCCGAAUUAUUGGGUUAAUCAAGCCUUUCACAUAGAUCCUUUGGAAGAGGCCCGAAAAAUGUUUGACAAAUUGGAAAGCACCUAAUGUUAUUUGGACCAGAAAAUGCAUCAAGUUCCUUAUUAUUUAUUUUGAAGUAUGUGGGAGCAGUACACUGGUCAGGGUGUACUCAUAUCCCCAGACCAAUACUCUUCGGGUUGGCCAUUUUCCUGACAAGUUAUCUCUGUCGGUCUGGCCAACUCUUGGAGAGCGCCUGGUCCAACUUAUCUAAGGUCUGCUGGGACUGAACAUUUAUUCUCCAGAUGCUUCGAUGCACUGCUGAACGUGUGAGCGGCGUGUUCGCUGCGUUGUGGGUGGCAAGAUGGAAUUAGAAACCAUGUUGGACCGGCUUUUGGUGGCAGUAUAAUAGUAUAUAUAUAGUUUUGUAUAGUAAGUGCAGAAACUAACAAAUCACUAUGCCUUUACGAGGAAUGGCUCUUGUUGUAUAAUGAUGUAUUUACUUGUGCACUUUCGUUAGCCGGGGUUUGCAUCUGUAAUAUUGUAAACCAAGUUCCUCUUUUAGUCUUAUAUGAAAUGAAAUUGGGCGUCAAGGGCUAUAGUUCUUACAAUGUUAAAAACAGACUUCCCUAAUUGAUUAUGAGAAGCUGGGUGGUGAUCCAAACUA